AUGAACUUCUCCACGAGACUCGCCGAGAAACUUCCCGGUAUCUUACCGGCGCCGUCGUCUCCUCUCCUGCGUAAAGGAGUCCCCGAGCUAAGAUUCUUCUCGAUUGCUGCUAACCACAGUAGAAGAUUGAGAUGGGGAUUGCAAAAGAAGAUGGUUUGGAGUUUCCAGAGAGCAGAUGUCUGUGUAGCGAACAGUUCAUGCUUAGUCCAUCCCGCAACCGAAGCCUAUGCACAAGAAGCUAUAGAAGCAAUCAAAUCCGAGAAAGUCAUCGCUGUGCCUACCGAUACACUCUACGGAUUCGCUUGUGAUGCUUGUUCGUUAGAAGCGGUUACUCGGAUAUACGAGAUCAAAGGUCGUAAGCUUACAAGCCCUUUAGCUAUAUGCGUUGGCGAUGUAUUGGAUAUCAAGAGAGUCGCUACCACAAACCACUUACCUCACGGUUUGCUCGACUCGCUCUUGCCCGGUCCAGUCACUCUCGUGCUUCAAAGAGGUGAAUCAAGCAUUCUUGAAAAGACUUUGAACGCCGGGAUUGAUACUAUUGGAGUACGAGUUCCAGAUUGUGAGUUUAUUAGGGAAGUAGCGAGAGGCUCCGGGAGUGUGUUGGCGCUUACAAGUGCGAAUCUAAGCGGUGAUAGAAGCAGCGUUUGCGUUCAAGAUUUUGAGAGUCUUUGGCAGCAUUGUGCUUUUGUCUAUGAUGGUGGUUUGCUUCCUUCGGGUCGUGCAGGAUCUACGAUUGUCGAUUUGAGUAAAGUCGGAAAGUAUAAGAUCAUCAGACCUGGAAGCGCGAAGCAAGCAACAGUGGCAAUUCUUGAGAAUGCUUUCUCAAUUGCGUGUUCUCCGCUCGCCUUCAGUUACUUUGAUUCACUGAGAGAAAUGGCGACUGGAGUAUUACCAGCUCCGUUUUCCGGGGUCAAGAGCCCGGAUUCGAAACUCGGAUUCGCUAAAAGCAUGAAUUUUGUGAGAAUUUGUGAUUUGAGAAAUCUUAGAUCUGCUGGAAGAAGAGUUUCGGUUAUCCGGAAUUCGAACCAAGGCUCCGAUUUAGCCGAGCUUCAACCUGCAUCAGAAGGAAGCCCUCUCUUAGUGCCGAGACAGAAGUAUUGCGAGUCAUUGCAUAAGACAGUGAGAAGGAAGACUCGUACUGUGAUGGUUGGAAAUGUCGCUCUUGGCAGCGAACAUCCCAUAAGGAUUCAAACGAUGACUACAUCUGAUACUAAAGAUGUUGCUGCAACUGUUGAUGAGGUUAUGAGAAUAGCAGAUAGAGGAGCGGAUAUUGUGAGGAUCACUGUUCAAGGGAAGAAAGAAGCCGAUGCAUGCUUUGAAAUCAAAGAUAAACUUGUUCAGCUCAAUUAUAAUAUACCUCUGGUGGCGGAUAUUCAUUUUGCUCCUGCUGUAGCCUUGCGAGUAGCUGAAUGCUUUGACAAGAUCCGCGUCAACCCUGGAAACUUUGCGGACAGACGUGCUCAGUUUGAGACGAUAGAGUAUACAGAAGAUGAAUACCAGAGCGAACUUCAACAUAUCGAGAAGGUUUUCACUCCUUUAGUUGAGAAAUGCAAGAAGUAUGGGAGAGCCAUGCGUAUAGGGACUAACCAUGGAAGUCUUUCUGACCGUAUCAUGAGCUAUUACGGGGAUUCUCCAAGAGGAAUGGUUGAAUCUGCGUUUGAGUUUGCACGGAUAUGUAGGAAACUAGACUAUCACAACUUUGUCUUCUCGAUGAAAGCGAGCAACCCUGUGAUCAUGGUCCAGGCGUACCGUUUGCUCGUGGCUGAGAUGUAUGUUCAUGGAUGGGAUUAUCCUCUGCAUUUGGGAGUCACUGAGGCCGGAGAAGGUGAAGAUGGGAGGAUGAAAUCUGCAAUCGGAAUCGGGACGCUACUUCAGGACGGACUUGGUGACACAAUCAGAGUAUCGCUGACUGAGCCACCAGAAGAGGAGAUAGAUCCGUGCAGGCGAUUGGCCAACCUCGGAACAAAAGCUGCUCAGCUUCAACAAGGCGUUGCACCGUUUGAAGAAAAGCACAGGCAUUACUUUGAUUUUCAGCGUCGGACUGGUGAUCUACCUGUACAAAAAGAGGGAGAAGAGGUUGAUUACAGAGGUGUCCUUCACCGUGAUGGUUCUGUUCUGAUGUCGAUUUCUCUGGAUCAACUAAAGGCACCUGAACUCCUCUACAGAUCACUAGCUACAAAGCUUGUCGUGGGCAUGCCAUUCAAGGAUCUGGCAACUGUGGAUUCAAUCUUGUUAAGAGAGCUACCUCCUGUAGAUGAUCAAGUGGCUCGUUUGGCUCUUAAACGGUUGAUCGAUGUCAGUAUGGGAGUUAUAGCACCUUUAUCAGAGCAACUCACAAAGCCAUUGCCCAAUGCAAUGGUUCUUGUCAACCUCAAGGAGCUCUCUGGUGGUGCUUACAAGCUUCUCCCUGAAGGUACACGCUUGGCUGUCUCUGUACGAGGUGAUGAGCCAUAUGAGGAGCUUGAAAUACUAAAGAGCAUCGAGGCCACUAUGAUUCUCCAUGAUGUACCCUUCAAUGAAGACAAAGUUAGCAGAGUACACGCAGCUCGGAGACUAUUCGAGUUCCUAUCAGAGAAUUCAGUCAACUUUCCGGUUAUUCACCACAUUGAGUUCCCAACCGGAAUUCACAGAGACGAAUUGGUGAUUCAUGCAGGGACUUACGCUGGAGCCCUUCUUGUAGAUGGACUCGGUGAUGGUUUAAUGCUUGAAGCACCUGACCAAGAUUUCGAUUUCCUUAGAAACACUUCUUUCAACUUAUUGCAAGGCUGCAGAAUGCGUAACACCAAGACGGAAUACGUAUCUUGCCCGUCUUGUGGAAGAACAUUGUUCGACUUGCAAGAAAUCAGCGCUGAGAUUCGAGAGAAGACUUCUCAUUUGCCUGGCGUUUCGAUUGCUAUCAUGGGUUGCAUUGUGAACGGACCAGGAGAAAUGGCAGAUGCUGAUUUCGGCUAUGUAGGUGGCUCUCCCGGAAAAAUCGACCUUUACGUCGGAAAGACGGUGGUGAAGCGUGGGAUUGCCAUGACGGGGGCGACGGAUGCUCUCAUCGGUCUGAUCAAAGAACAUGGUCGUUGGGUCGACCCGCCGGUGGCUGACGAGUAG